CCACACAUCACAUGGAGAUCAGUACCUGAAAGAGUCGAUAAUUACGCCGACAAGAACUAGGCUAUUCAUCGAUCUUCUGCUCUCACGGAAAGCGAAUCUUAAACUCUCGACUUCCCAAACCCUCACACAUCAAAACAAGACUCAAUCAGCAACUGACUAUGGGGCGGGCGUCUGGGGUCGCCCUCCGGGGCCUGCAAUUCUUUGUCCGCGCCAUAGAGUUCUGCUGCGCGGCUAUUGUACUCGCCCUCUUCUCCUACUUCCUAGCGACCUUAUCCAACCAUAACAUGUCCAUCGCUACGUGGGUGCGAGCGGUCGAAGGCAUCUCAGGCGCCGGCGUGCUCUACACGGUCAUCGCCCUUCUCUUGCUCUGUUGCGUACCCGGUCAUCCCUUCCCGUCCUUCAUUUUGAUGGUCCUGGAUGUGGCGUUUGCCGGGGCCUUUAUCUACGUCGCAGUUGCCAACCGUGCUGGAGCGUCGUCCUGCAACGGACAUGUCGACACGGUAUUCGGUAACGGGAACGCCGAUACCAACGUGGUGGAUAACGGAGAUGGCGGGUUCACGGCACUGCCGAGUCUCAGACAGGCCUGCAAGAUGGAGACGGCUUGCCUGUCCGUGUCGAUUAUUGCUAUCUUCUUCUUCUUCAUCUCUGCUCUCCUCAGCCUCGCUUUGGUGCGCCAUCACCGCAAGGAGAGGCGUUUUGGCCCCUCGCCGGCUAACGAAUACACCGAGGGCUACGGCGGUCAUAAGCCUUGGUACUUCUUCGGCCUGGGACGAAAGCGCAAGGGCGGCACCGAGAUGGGCACGGACCCGAAUGCGCUGCCGGAGCACACCACGCCCGAUAUGAUGCGAGACAGUUAUGCAACCGAACAGACGCGGGUUGACAACAGCGGUGGUUAUGGUGGUUUGGGCAACGGCACUAGCAAGUACGAGGCGCCGUACGGCAACACCGGGGACAACGUGCCGAUGACGAGUUAUCCCAACUCAAACGCUGGGUAUCGGUAUGAGGACAAUGGCGGCGUGUACCGAUAAAGGGGCAAGGGGAUCGGCCGGGUUUGUCGACCUGUGGCGGGGAUAAUGCACCAUUGAUCAGUACGGGAGUCGGCAAGGUGGUGAUGGCGUACGUCGCCCACUGCUUAGUACGUUAGGGAUUUUCAAAAGG